UCAGAAGUAGGCCAAAUGUCAUUGUUUAGGUGUGGUAAACAGAUAAUGAGCUGUCAUUUGAAGUUUGCCUAAAUUUUCCAAUAAAAUAAAAUAAAAAAGCCCAUUGGGCCGUUGAAGAAAUGGAUAGUCAAGGAAGAAAAGUAAUUGUGUGCGAUAACGGCACUGGGUUUGUAAAAUGCGGAUAUGCCGGCAGCAAUUUUCCUGCUCAUAUAUUUCCAUCCAUGGUUGGAAGACCUAUCAUCAGGGCUGUGAAUAAAAUAGGGGACAUUGAAGUAAAGGGCCUACACGUAAACGAUUUGAUGGUUGGGGAUGAAGCAUCAGCAUUGAGGUCCCUUCUAGAAGUGAAUUAUCCUAUGGAAAAUGGGAUUGUUAAAAAUUGGGAAGAUAUGUGCCAUGUGUGGGAUUAUACUUUUGGUCCAAAGAAAAUGAAUCUAGAUCCACACGAAACAAAAAUUUUGCUCACUGAACCUCCCAUGAAUCCACUGAAAAAUAGGGAGAGAAUGAUUGAGGUUAUGUUUGAAAAAUAUGGAUUUGCUGGGGCUUAUGUAGCAAUUCAAGCUGUGUUGACAUUAUAUGCUCAGGGAUUAUUGUCCGGUGUGGUCAUCGAUUCAGGUGAUGGUGUAACGCACAUUUGUCCUGUUUAUGAAGAAUAUGCACUCCCCCAUUUGACUAGGAGGUUAGACAUAGCUGGUAGAGAUAUAACUCGUUAUCUUAUUAAAUUGUUACUAUUGAGAGGAUAUGCAUUCAACCACUCAGCUGAUUUUGAAACGGUACGAAUGAUGAAAGAAAAGUUAUGUUAUAUCAGUUAUGACAUAGAAACUGAACAAAGAUUAGCAUUAGAAACAACAGUAUUGGUAGAACCCUACACAUUGCCAGACGGAAGAGUUAUAAAAGUUGGUGGAGAAAGAUUCGAAGCACCUGAGGCUCUAUUCCAACCUCAUUUAAUAAAUGUUGAAGGACAAGGAAUCGCUGAAAUGGUUUUCAACACUAUACAGGCUGCCGAUAUUGAUAUGCGACCAGAACUUUAUAAACACAUAGUGUUAUCUGGAGGUUCCACAAUGUAUCCUGGACUGCCAUCACGCUUGGAAAGAGAAAUAAAACAAUUAUAUUUGGAAAGGGUGUUGAAAAACGACACUUCAAAAUUGAAUAAAUUCAAAAUUCGUAUCGAGGAUCCACCUAGAAGGAAAGACAUGGUUUUCAUUGGAGGUGCUGUAUUAGCUGAUGUUGUCAAAGAUAGAGAUGAAUUUUGGAUGUCUAAAGAAGAAUAUGAAGAACAAGGAUUGAAAGUACUGAAGAAAUUGAGUACGAGAGCCGCAUGAAAUUGAUUAUUGUAAUUUUUUUUAUUUUUUCACCAUUCAAUUGCUUGUAUACUGUAUUAUAAACUUCAAAGUAUCUUAUAUAACGAUUUAUCGAAAUACAGAAAAUAAACAAUAAUUUUAAAAUCAGUCGAAA